UUUGUCUGGGUGAGGCAAGGAUGGCUGCACUCUCCCAGCACCUCAGGAUCCUGCUCUGGAAGAACUGGCUGAGUGUCAAGAGGCAGCUGGUAUGGUCGUUUGUUUUAAUUUCCUGGCCUGUGGUUGUUUUCAUAAUCUUGGCCAUUAUCCGUCUCAAAUUCCCUCCAGAACCACAGCAAAACUGUUAUCUUGCACCCCGAAACCUUCCCAGUGCAGGCUUCUUCCCGUUCCUGCAAACGGUGCUGUGUGAUUCCGAUGCCAGGUGUAAGGGCACGCCAUACACACCAGAGGACCUGCUGCCAAGGCUUAAUGACAUCCCAUCCCUCAGACUCAAGCGCAGGAGCUCAUCCAGGAUAGCCAAGGAGAGGCAGCCACCGCCGUGGAGUGCAGAGGCUCCUGAAAGCAGGAAUGCUUCCCUGGCAUUUGGAGGUUUGGUAUCUCAUGGAGAGAAAAACCUUCAGAAUAUUUCAUCACCAUCCAACUUGACUUCCAGAACCCACACGUUCAACAAGGUCCUCAGUUUUGGGAAGGUAAGUCUGGACUUGCAUAAUAGCUGAGCCCUCAGGUCCCUGCUGUGCCAGGUGCUGUCACGAUACCUGGCACGUCCUGGUGCGAGCGUGGCAGCCAACAUCCACCACACCUUCUGCUCCACCAGCUCGUCCCUUCUGGAGUCCUUUGCCCUGGAGUUCAGGAGCCAGCUCUCCCAGGUGCAGCACAACCCACAGUACCAGGAGACCUUUGUCAAGGAAAUUGUCUCAUUUCUGACGCUCAUCUCCCAAGUGCAGAAUGACACCUCCCUGUGGCACCUGCUCUUACUGGCCCCAGAUGUGUUUCAGGACAACAUCCAGCUGCAAGACGUAAUGGUUUUCCUUCAGAAUCCGAGCAGUGUUGUGCUGGCAGCUCAGAAUGUCUCUGCAUCUCCUGUGAGUGAUGAUAGAUCUGAAACUGUUCAGAAUGGGGUUACAGAUUCUCCACAUUCCCUGAACUGCUUGGAGCAAGAUAAAGAAAGAAGUUGGGUGACCAGAUUUAUUUGUAAUUCCUUUGUUCACUGGAAAGACAAUCACACUUUAGUAUCUGAAUUGGAGGAAGUUCUGAGAAAAAUAAAGUCACCAGAGAUUGGUGGAAAGCACUCCAAGAGGUCCAUUAAUUCAGAUGAUUUAGAAGCCAUACAAAAGCAUCUACAUCGUUUAAAAGGCUUUGAGGAAAAAAUGAAUAGAAGUGAAUUAAAAAGCUUAAAUCUAUUCAGAAAUUUGAAGAAUGAAACAUUACAGAAAUUGUAUGCAUUUCUUGAACUGGGAAUGAAUCCACAUCAUGAUAAUAAAUUAAAGGAACCAUAUAAUAAGGAAAUAAUUGAUGAAAUCUAUAACUUCACAUCACUGCAAUUACAGAGCAACUUCAUUGGGACUUCCAUUUUCAAUACAAUGACCCAGUGGCAAGAAAUUCAGAGGGCUUUAAAAUUAGCUUCAAUGCUUUGGAAUCCAGCUCUCCUAAAUAAUUCUAAUUUUAGUACAUUGCAAACUGAGGAUGCUCUCAAAAUGCUGCUCUCCACAAGCAUGCCAUCACUUCUGGAAGGUCUCAGAGACCUUUUGAGCGAAAUGCAAGAAAUCCCAUCUGUGUUUUCUGAUGAUCUGCUUGAGCCUGAGUCCCGCAGAAACUUCCCAGAGCAGCUCCUAGCUCUCCAGAGGAUGUUUUUCAGAAAGACAGGUGUAAAUGUAGGUUAUCAGUACCUCCUGCUGCCUGUGUUUGAGCUGAUGAGGGCUGUAGAGAAGUCCAUGGGUGAAGCCUGGUGGGAUGAGCUGAACGUCUACUGGCGCCUUGGGGAGAAGCUGAGAUCCAUGAAGUGGAAUAACACAGCCACGGUGGCCUAUGGGCAGUUUUUGGAGGUGUUAGACAGCCAUUUGCAAAAGCUGAAUAAUAGAUCAGGUGGUGUCUUCAGUGAAGAAUUGGAUCAGCUGUCAGAAUUUCUAGCAGCCGUGUUUAAAGAGUUUGGGGAAAGCUCUGGAGUGGCCAAUAUCUCUCAAGUCACUCAAGCUAUCCAAAAGACAUUGAACAUAUUAAAGGACUUACAGCUGAAUUAUAAUGUCAGCACAUUAAAAUCUAUAGAUCUUUUCUUUAAUUUUAGCAAUAAAACUUUGGAGAGCUUGUCUGAACUCGUGAGAACAGGAAUGAAAAUCCUUCAUUUUAGAAGUGCCAAUGAAGGUUCCAGUGAAGACAUAAUUAACCCCAUCUAUAAUUUAACACAUUUGCUGCUGCAGGAGUUCAGCCAGUCCCCCUCACAGCACAAUGCCUCACUACAGGCACAAAUCUGGGAGUUCCUCCAUUUAGCCUUGGGUCCUUUCCUUGACAGCAGCAGCAAUGGCUACAGGACACUGCAGAACUGCUCCUUUGAAGAUGUGCUCAGCAUUGCCCUUGAGAUGCUGUUUGAAAAUGCCACUCUAAGGGAAUCCUCGGCCAGGAGCCCCUGCAAGCCCCUCCUGGAUUCCUUGGCCAUGGAGGGUGGGACAGGGAGCAAUGACACCUUUACCAAGAUGUUCCAGCUGGCCAUAGCCAACCUGAAAGUGUCCUCAGAGUUUGCUGCUGCCUACAACCACAGCAGGGAGCGAUUUUCCAAGGAGCUGUCGUGCCUCAGCCGAGCUCUGCGCUUUUCUCUGGGUUUCCUUUCCAAGCUAAGCCUUGUCUCUGAGCUGGGAAACUCGUGGCUCCAGGAGAGGGUGAGAGCUCUGGGUGCAGCCACAGAGGGGCUGGUGCAGGGUGAUGCCUGGUGCCCCAUCCCAGCCCAGGCUGUGGGUGAUGUGUCCCCGUCCCAGCUUCUGGACCUGCUCCUUCCCGCCCUGAAUGAAACAGGGCUGAGCUCCCUGAACUCCUCUGACAGCUCAGCAGGCUGGGGUGGGCUGCCUGUGUUCUCCCACCUGUCGCCUCCUGCUCACACGGGGAGCAGCAGUCUCUACGAGCUGCUGCAGGUGGGCAGAGCUGCUGCCAGCCACCCUGAGUGGGGACACUUCUCCCGGCUGUGGCGCGCCACUGGCAGCCUGCUGACCUCCAAAUGGAGCCUCACAGAGGUGGGCGAGUAUGUGGAACUCCUGCAAAUGAUGGAGAGAGCUCUAAUCCUCGUGGACUUGGGGGUAGCUCCUGGAAAAGCAUUGUUGAAUCAGAUCUUUCAUAAUUCUACUGAAGCGAUUAAAUCCUCAGAUCAGGGUGAUUUGUAUAGUUCAUUGAAACUCCUUUUCAGUUUAGCUUCUGCCACAGACAGCACACUGGACUUGGAAAGAAUAUUUCAGGAAAUACUUCCUCUGAAUGAAGGGGGUGGUGAAGGAUUGUUCUACUCUAAUCCCUCUGGAAAAGAAAAUCAAGAUGUUCUGACUAUGGCUGCAGUGAUUUGGAAUGAGAUAAUUUUAAACAGGACUCAUUUUAAUACAGAGAAUGCAUGGGAGGUUGUCAAAAUGAUUGUACUCGAUGCAAUCUCGCUUGAAGACAUUGAAAAUUAUCUCAGCACAAACGAAAAAGUGUCAUCAUUAUUUUCUGACUUCUUGUUGACCCCUGGAACUUCUGAAAAUUUUGCAGAACACCUUUUGUCCCUUGAGCAGCUUCUUGGUGCCAUGGCAAAGGUGAAUACCAGUGAUCAUUAUCUGCUGGUCUCUUCUUUGUCUAAGCUAAUGCAGAAACUCCCUCCUGGAAGGCAGGAAAAUGAACUUGGUGCUUUCUGGCACAUUGCUGAGGGUCUCCAGUCGUUGAAAUGGAAUAGUACAGACAGCCUCACUGCCCAGUCACUUCUAGACAUGCUGCAAAAUCUGCUAAAUACGAUGAAAAAUGACUCCAGCCUUCCUUUCCGUAAGGAACUGGAGCAGCUGCUAGACUUUGCUUCCUCCGUCUUUGAGCUGUAUGAUGGAGAAGACUCGAGGGGAACCAACAUCUCCAUGUACUUGCAGGCCAUGCAGAGGGGUAUCUCAGCUUGGAAAGGUUUGCAGAGAAGGUAUAACAUCAGGGAGCUUGAAUCUAUCAGCCUGUUACUUGAUUCUUACAGUAACUAUACCCAGAGACUGAUGGAAAUUUGGAGAGCAGCAAUGAAAGUUCUUCAUGACACCAACUUAAACAAAACAUUCGAGGAAAAAAUGGGCAUUGUCUAUAAUUUCUCACGUUUGCUGCUGCAGGAGUUCAGCCAGUCCCCCUCACAGCACAAUGCCUCACUACAGGCACAAAUCUGGGAGUUCCUCCAUUUAGCCUUGGGUCCUUUCCUUGACAGCAGCAGCAAUGGCUACAGGACACUGCAGAACUGCUCCUUUGAAGAUGUGCUCAGCAUUGCCCUUGAGAUGCUGUUUGAAAAUGCCACUCUAAGGGAAUCCUCGGCCAGGAGCCCCUGCAAACCCCUCCUGGAUUCCUUGGCCAUGGAGGGUGGGACAGGGAGCAAUGACACCUUUACCAAGAUGUUCCAGCUGGCCAUAGCCAACCUGAAAGUGUCCUCAGAGUUUGCUGCUGCCUACAACCACAGCAGGGAGCGAUUUUCCAAGGAGCUGUCGUGCCUCAGCCGAGCUCUGCGCUUUUCUCUGGGUUUCCUUUCCAAGCUAAGCCUUGUCUCUGAGCUGGGAAACUCGUGGCUCCAGGAGAGGGUGAGAGCUCUGGGUGCAGCCACAGAGGGGCUGGUGCAGGGUGAUGCCUGGUGCCCCAUCCCAGCCCAGGCUGUGGGUGAUGUGACCCCGUCCCAGCUUCUGGACCUGCUCCUUCCUGCCCUGAAUGAAACAGGGCUGAGCUCCCUGAACUCCUCUGACAGCUCAGCAGGCUGGAAUAGCCUGGCCAUGCUCUCUGGUGUGGCACAGCAUGAGCUCCAGAACCUGCUGCAGAGGCUCCAGGGCACCUUCAGCCCCACUGAAGGCAGUCCUUACACAAGUGCCUGGGCUGUGUUUGACAGCUUCCUCAGCACCAAAAGGAAUUUAAGGGAAGGAGCUUCCCUUGCAAGGCUGUUGGAAGCAGUGGCAAGCGACUCUGCCGGGGAUCUGUCAGCUCUAGAAAUCACAGAAGCCACCCUCUACAUUCUCAAGGAGCUGGACAUCUCUGGCCUGCUGAAUGAAUUCAGUAUAAGUUCCAGCUCAGCUUUUCUCUCCAACAAAACCAGUUUUGACGGUGUGAUUGAUGUUGUUGCUCAUCACUUCACUGUGGUGGCAGAAACCCUUUACAACAAGACCCUGCCUUGGACCCUGAGUGACCACACUCUGUCCCCUGCCAGCUUGAUCACACGAUUUCUGUUUUUAGAAUUUGAAAACACCAUCUUGCAGGUGACAGCGAAUCACAGCUACAACCCUUACCUGAUGUGUUUAAUAAACGCCCUGGAAGCUGAAGAUGGGGAAUUGACAGAAAACAUCACACUGCUUUUGAAGCAAACUCAUCUGAAGGAUUCUUUUAUGCAAAAUAAUACCUCUGAGAAAUAUUCAUCCAUACCAGAGCUCCUGAAGCUAAAAAUCUCUCGCCUCCAGGACCUGACAGCACUUCUGUGUGACUAUGAGAGCUCAAAGUCAAUCCAGCAGCUCUGCCACCUCCCUGAGGUUCCCUUUGGGGAGCUGUGUGAGCAGGGCCAGUCUCAGGAGCAGCUCCUCCACGUUGCUGAGCUGAGCAGCCAGCUUGUGACCAACGUGCUGAGCCACAGGAGGAUCUCCCAGGAGCUCCAAAACUUGCUCAUUGGGGAUGCCACAGACAUCCAGGCACAGCUGAAGUGGCUUCAAGAAGAUGUACCAGAAAUUGCUUUCUUUCAAGAGAUUCCUCAGUAUAUGGCUACUUUGAAUUCCAUGUUGAACAUCACUGAGGGCUUGACAGACUCAAACAAGCAAGAAAAGUUAAGAGAUGUGUUUAAAAAUGUGGAUCAGCUCAAAGAGGACCUCAGAAACACAACAGGAAUGUCCACAGCUAGCAUUGAUGCUCUUCUGGAAGCACCUUUCCCAGAAAACAGCAGUCAGCUCAUCUCCCAGGUGCUGCAGCUGGAGUCCUGCAGCGCCCGUCCUGCUGUCCCACCGCUGCAGGCGCUGCUGCAGGAGCUGUGCAGCCUCCCUCUGCCAGAGAGGACUCGCAGCACCUACCUGCUUGGGGUCACCCUGCUGAGACACCUGGACCUUUACAGUUUCUUGUACAAGAUGUUUUUCCCCAAGGAACUUCAGAAACCCAUGGACAAGAUGCUAGGCCUUCUGACAAAAAUGAAAUAUUUCAGACACCAGGUUGAAUCUGGCAUUGAUCCAUUGCUGCAAGCCAUUCAUUCCCUGAAAAAGCUCCAACAGUCCAGGAAAAUGCCACUGACUAAGGCAUUAUUGAAACCAAACAACUUCAGGAUAACGCAUGGCACUUUUAAAUCCAUGUCAAAAGUCCUCUGCAACCAGGAGAUCACACCCUUGUUUUUUGAGUCUUUGCUUCCAGACUUUGGAGACCCUGUAAGCAACAGUUCUCAUGCAGAGGAUGCCUAUGUCCAAAAGCUGAUGAGGAAAUACGGGAUUCCUCAGGAUUCCACCCCGUUUUGCUUAUCCUUUUACCUGGACCUGGUCAAGACCCCAACUGGAGCUUUGAUUUGGUCUUUCUUAAAACCAAUGGUGCUUGGGAAGAUCCUUUUCACACCAGACACCCCAGAAACUCGAGCAAUCAUGGGAAAGUCAAAUGCAACCCUGGAGCAUAUGGCUGAGUUAGCCCUGAAGUCCCAGGAGUGGCUGGACCAGUCUCCUGUCAUCAUGAAUUCACUGACUAAGUUAAACCAGACAGUUCCAAUGAUCAAGAACGCCCUGCAGAACCCCUUUGUGCAGGUUUUCAUCAAGCUGAUGGUGGAUUUGGACGCAGCUGAGCUCCUGAGUCAGAUAGAUGAGCUGGAUGACAUCAGGCUGGAAUUGCAGAACAACGCUGACAUUGUGGAUCAGCUGAACACUUUGGCCACCCUGGCUGUGAACGUGUCCUCCUGCGUCUCCUUCAACCGCAUCCAGGCAGUGCAGGACUUGGAGCAGAUGGAAGCCGUGGCCAAGGAGCUCUUCCUGAAGAAUGAGCUGUUUGCAAGUAUCAUUUUCAAGCUGCCUUCAAGCCCUGGACACUCAGUCCAUGGGGGCCUGUCCCUCCCUCCUGUGCUCAACUACACCAUCAGGAUGAGCAGCAGGAUAACCCAAACCACCAACAGGAUCCGGGAGCGCAUCUGGACCGUGGGCCCGCACAACUCCACCUCCCAGAGCCAGAUCUACAGCAGGGCCUUCAUCUACAUCCAGGACAGCAUUGAGAGGGCCAUCAUUGAGCUGCAGACUGGCAAGAAACCAGAGGAAAUUGCUGUUCAGGUCCAGGCCAUGCCUUACCCCUGCUACAACAAGGAUAUGUUCUUAACCAGCGUGACCUACUCUCUUCCAUUUGCUCUGAUGGCUGCCUGGGUGCUGUUUAUAGCUGAUUUUGUUAAAACACUUGUUCAGGAGAAAGAUCUGAGGCUUUACGAGUACAUGAAGAUGAUGGGCGUCAACGCCAGCAGCCAUUUCAUCGCCUGGUUCAUCGAGUGUGCCAUCUUCCUCCUGAUCACUGUCACCUUCCUCAUUGUCGUCCUGAAAGUGGGUGAGAUCCUUCCCAAGACAGACACAGCCCUCCUCUUCCUGUACCUGAUGGACUACAGCCUGUCCAUCAUAGCCAUGAGCUACUUCAUCAGCGUUUUCUUCAACAACACCAACAUCGCGGCGCUGGUGGGCAGCCUCGUCUACAUCCUCACCUUCUUCCCCUUCAUCGUGCUGCUCGUCAUCGAGAACCACCUCAGCUUCUCUGUCAAGAGCCUCCUGAGUCUGCUGUCUCCAACUGCCUUCAGUUAUGCAAGUCAAUACAUCGCUCGCUACGAGGCACAGGGCAUAGGAUUGCAGUGGGACAACAUGUACAAGUCCCCCAUGAUUGGAGACAACACUUCCUUUGGCUGGAUGUGCUGGCUCAUUCUGAUAGACUCCUUCAUUUACUUCAUCCUGGGGUGGUACAUAAGGAAUGUUUUCCCAGGUAGAUAUGGCAUGGCUGCUCCCUGGUACUUCCCACUGCUUCCAUCUUACUGGAUUGAAUACAACAGCUACCUGCCCUUCUGGAAUGAGAAACAAAGAGGCCUGCUCUUCUCCAAGCUGAUGUUCAGGAAAGAAGUCACCCUCCCCAACAAGAUAUGUGCCCCCCACCCUCACGUGGAGCCAGAGCCCACUGACCUCCCCUUGGGGGUCUCCCUCCAUGGCAUAACAAAGGUCUAUGGAUCCAAAGCUGCAGUGGACAACCUCAGCCUCAACUUUUAUGAGGGGAACAUCACUUCCCUGCUGGGACACAAUGGAGCUGGGAAAACUACCACCAUAUCUAUUUUGACUGGGCUGUUCCCUACGUCAUCAGGCACCAUCAUGGUGUAUGGCAAAGACAUCAGGACUGACCAGGAGGUGAUCAGGAAGAACAUGGGGGUGUGCAUGCAGCACAACGUGCUCUUCAACUACCUCACCACCAAGGAGCACCUGCUGCUCUAUGGCUACAUCAAAGUGCCCCACUGCAGCAAGCACGAGCUCUACCAAGAAGUGAAGAGGACUUUGAAGGAGACUGGGCUGUACAGCCAUCGUCACAAGCUGGCUGGCACCCUGUCUGGAGGGAUGAAGAGGAAGUUAUCCAUAGCUAUUGCUCUCCUGGGGGGAUCCAGGGUGGUGAUUCUGGAUGAACCAACCACGGGCGUGGAUCCCUGCUCCCGGAGGAGUAUUUGGGAAAUCAUCUCCAAGAAUAAGAAAGGCAGAACCAUCAUUCUCUCCACACAUCACCUGGACGAAGCAGAAGUUCUGAGCGACCGCAUCGCCUUCCUAGAGCAUGGGGGGCUCAGGUGUUGUGGCUCUCCUUUCUACCUCAAGGAAACCUUUGGGGAUGGCUACCACCUGACACUCACCAAAAAGAAGAACAUGAUAGAGGAAUGUGACACCACAGCAGUGACCUCCUUGAUCCAGUCCUAUCUCCCAGAGGCUUAUCUCAAGGAGGAUAUUGGUGGAGAGCUCGUGUACGUGCUUCCCCCCUUCAAGUCCACAGUGUCAGGGGCUUACCAGGCCCUUCUCAGAGCCCUGGACACCAGCUUGAAUGACCUCCACCUGGGCUGCUAUGGGAUUUCCAACACAACUGUGGAAGAGGUGUUCCUCAAUCUGACAAAAGAAGUAGUGAAGGACCAGCAAGAAGAUGCUGUGCUGCCCCAUCAGCUGCCUGGAGUCAGUGGUCACACUGGUGCUGAUGAAAUGUCUGUGAGCACAGACACCUUCACAGAAAGAGAUGACCAGCUGCUGAUCAGGUCCAAGAGCCUGCGGGGCUUGCCGCUGCUGCUGAAGAGAACCUGGGCGCUGUUUGUCAAGCGCGCCCACCACACGCGGCGCGACGCGCGCGGCUUCGUCGCCCAGGUCAUCCUCCCCGUGCUCUUUGUCACCGCUGCCAUGGGCCUGGGGACGCUGAGGACCAAGGAGACUGAGUACCCCGAGCUGCUGCUGUCCCCCUCCCUGUACGGCACGGCCGACCAGGCUGAUUUCUUUGGGAAUUUUAAUGAAACCACAGCUGCCUUAGUUUCUUCGAUGCUGGCUUUCCCUGGGACGGAUAACACGUGCAUGAACGAAAGCAAUUCGCAGUGUUUAACAGAGGACAUGCUUGGCCAGUGGAUUACCAGUGGAAACCAGAGAACUAAGUAUUCUGCCUGCAACUGCACAGAUGGCAUCCAGACAUGUCCACAGACAAACUACACUCCCCCUCACAGAAGGACCUUCUCCACAAGGACACUUUACAACCUGACAGGGCACGAUGUGGAGACCUACAUCCUGGCAACCACCAAGGACUUCCUGCAGAAAAGGUAUGGAGGCUGGAGCUUUGGGCUGCCUCUGACAGCAGAUCUGCAGUUUGACAUCAGGCCAGUGCCCCCCAACAGAACACUGACUAAGGUGUGGUACAAUCCUGAGGGUUAUCACAGCCUCCCAGCCUAUCUGAACAGCUUGAACAACUUCAUCCUUCGAGCCAACUUGCCAAAAAAUGACACUUCCAGAUAUGGUAUUUUCUUAUCAGCUCACCCAUAUCCUGGAGGACAGAGUCAAGAACAAGUAAUGCUCAACAGCUUAUUGGACAUCAUAGUGUCCAUGUCUGUUUUGGUGGGCUACUCCAUCACCACAGCAAGCUUUGUGCUCUACAUGGUCAAGGAGCACCAAACCAAAGCCAAGCAGCUGCAGCACAUUUCAGGCAUUGGGAUGACAACCUACUGGGUGACCAACUUCAUUUAUGAUCUGGUACUUUUUAUGGUCCCUAUAGGACUCUCUGUAGGAGUUAUUUCAGCCUUCCAGAUCCCAGCUUUCUGCAACAACAGUAACUUAGUGGCAGUAUUUCUUCUGCUGUUGCUGUUUGGAUAUGCAUCAUUUUCCUGGAUGUACCUGCUGGCUGGGUUUUUCAAGGAAACAGGGAUGGCCUUCAUUGUUUAUGUCUGUGUCAACCUGUUCUUCGGCAUCAACACCAUCAUCACCCACUCUGUUGUGUUCCUGCUCUCCCAGGAAAAGGCCACGGACCAGGGCCUGCGUGAUCUUGCUGAAAAUUUAAGGCAUGUGUUCCUUCUGUUCCCACAAUUCUGCUUUGGCUAUGGCUUGAUUGAACUGUCCCAGGAUCAGGCACUGCUGGGCUUCCUAAAAGCCUAUGGAGUGGACUACCCUGACAAAACCUUUGAGCUGGACAAGACCACAUCCAAGCUGCUGGCCAUGUUCAUCCAGGGCACCGUGUUCUUUGCCAUUCGUCUCUCAGUCCACGACAGGAUGGUCCAGAGAGUCUGGAACAACGUCCUGGAGUUCCUGUUUGACAGAGUCCAUGGCAAAGCCUCCCUCCUGCCUGCCACGGCCGUGGAGGAUGGAGAUGUGCAGGCAGAGAGGAGCAGGGUGGAGUCUGGCAAAGCUGACUUCGACGUGGUGCAGCUCCAGAACCUCACCAAGAUCUACCACCUCCCUCACAAACGCAUCACAGCAGUGAAAAACAUCAGCCUUGGGAUCCCUGCUGGGGAGUGCUUUGGCCUGCUUGGUGUGAAUGGAGCUGGAAAGACAACAAUCUUCAAGAUGCUGACAGGGGAUAUUGGAGCAUCCAGCGGAAGGCUGCGGGUCCAGGAUCAUUCUGGGUCCUUGAAUGACAUCAGUGAGGCCCACUGGUCACUCUUUGGCUACUGUCCCCAAGAGGAUGCCUUGGAUGACCUGCUGACCGUGGAGGAGCACAUGUAUUACUACGCUCGGCUGCACGGCAUCCCGGAGCGGGACAUCAAGGGAGUUGUGCUGCAGCUCCUGCACCGGCUGAACCUGACAGCCUACAAGGACAGAGUCACCUCCAUGUGCAGCUAUGGCACCAACAGGAAACUGUCAACUGCUCUGGCUCUCAUUGGCAAUCCAUCCAUUCUGCUGCUGGAUGAGCCGAGCUCUGGAAUGGACCCGAAUGCCAAACGCCACCUUUGGAAAAUCAUCAGUGAGGAAGUGCAGAACAAAUGCUCAGUGAUACUCACGUCCCACAGCAUGGAGGAGUGUGAAGCCCUCUGUACCAGGCUGGCCAUCAUGGUGAAUGGGAGUUUCCAGUGCAUUGGCUCUUUGCAGCACAUCAAGAGCAGAUUUGGAAGAGGAUUCACUGUGAAGAUGCACUUAAACAGCAGCACAGUUUGCACCGACACGCUGACAGAGUUCAUGAAGUCACACUUCCCAAAUACAUGCCUGAAGGAUCAGCAUUUCAGGAUGGUGGAGUACCACGUCCCAGUCUCUGCAGGAGGGGUAGCAAAUAUAUUUGAUCUCCUGGAAAGCAGCAAAGCAGCCUUCAACAUCAGGCACUUCUCUGUGAGUCAGACAACGUUGGAGGAGGUUUUCAUCAACUUUGCUAAAGAUCAAGCGGAUCCUGACGGCGCGGACGCAGGUCCUGAUGUGACGCUGGACAGCUCUGACACAAGCAGCCAAGCUAGCACCAUAAACUCCAUCUAUUGAAGGGAUCCGCCCACACAGGAUCAUGGAAUCUGGGGAAAAGGCCUGACAGCCCCUCCAACCCUGUUUUCAGUGAUUUUAGGGUGAUGGAGAUAAGCAGUCCCAUUUUCUUAAAGUACUUUGUUUUUUGAUAUUCACUUAAUUAAUUUCACUAGGAACACGGUAGGUGUUUGAGACUGGCACUAUGGUUACAAAUCAGAUUGGUCUUUCCACAGGUUCUUUCCCCCCACCCCCAAGUCUUGUUUUAUGAUCACUGUAAUGGCUGUGAGGAUUCAGACAACAUCAGCUGCUGCUCGUGGCCGUUUGCUUACAGCAGACGUGGCUGUGAUGGGGCAGAGGAGCCGUGGGCAGUGCAGGGUGUGUGACCACAAAGCAGCCCCAUGGCCACAGAGGAAAGCCCACACUCCACUCCCUGCUCAGCAGCAGACUUCCUGGGUGACUGAGUGAAAGUGGCUAGGUGGGAUACUGAAGUUCAAGGUUUAGCUGCUGCAAGGAGGUCACAUCCUCUCCUUGGUCUUGGUGUAAACUUCUUACUGCUAGCAGGAGGAGUUUUAUUAUGGAUUCAAAGUAUUAUCAAGCUUUGAAUUAUGCCUCAACCUGCUGACUGUAAUUAAAACUGGGAUGCAGCUUCUUUCCAGAAUGCAUUUUGACAGGCUGCCCCUGGGGAAAUGGGGCUCAUGGCCUUGCCCCUCUCCCAGGGGGGUUGUGAGGAUGCAGGUGUUUUGUACUGAUAGUUGCAAAGGCCAUGGCGGGGGCCAUCUUUGGUAAUGACAUAGAUCUUAUCUGGUUAUGUCAGCACAAAUAUAACUAUUUUAUAAGUUAGUGCUUCCAGUGGUUUUGGUUUGUUCCUGUAGCUUGUUCCAGCUCUGUGUGACUCCUCGAGUGAGUCCCCGGUCCCAGGCAGUUCCUGGCUCUUGGAACCCAGUGGAAGAUGAUUCCCCACGAGCCCCUUUCUCCUGGCUAGAGCUCAGGGCUGCUCUGGUAUAGCCAAGGGUGGUGCAGGACAGGUCUGCUGGCUGAAUGCUCUGACAGGAAGAAGCUCUUUGCUUCAUAAGAUUCCCUGAGCACAGCAGAAGCAGGAGCAUCCCCCUUGCUCAUCAGCCCUCCAUCUCCAGCAGCUUUGCCUCUCUGUGUCCUCUCCAGUGACCUCCCUCCCCAACCCCUCGUGCUUGCUGCCCCCAUGACUCUGGAGCUGUGUUUUCCCACAUAAUAAGGCAUCAUUAGCUCCUGCUUCAAAGGCUCUGCCUGCUGGCUUUAAGGGAGUGCUCUGCCCACUUCUGAGAGCAGCCCCCAGCAGCUGAGUUCAGCUCACCACCACACACAUCCUGCUCUCUUUCCCCAGAAUGAUUCAUAGAUAGAAUAGUUUAAUAUGAUUCUUUGUUAUAUGUAUCAGCAUAAGGCCCCAAAGACCCGGGUUUGGGUCAGGGCAUUGAUGUACCUUGAAGCACAAAAUGAACUUCAACUCUGAGCUCAAUAAACUUGCUGUUGCUGGUAAAACAGAUUGCAGAUAAAGCCUUACCUUGUGAGACCUGGGGUGGCCCAUACAACUUACCUGGGUUCACCCAUACAAUUCCAGCCAGGUUGAUUUCUUUUUUAUUUUUUCUUUUUCUUUCUUUUGUUUUCCCUUACCCCAAACUAAUUUGAGGAACCUCUGAUGAAAGCUGCAAUGACACAUCUUUGUUACCCUGACCACAAGUUUGACUACUUCAGCUCUUUUGUGAUGCCAAGGUUUGCUGUGAUAACUGUGCAAGGAGUAGGUACUUUGUAAAAUCCCAAACACCCUUGAUAUUCAGUGGGAUACUGAAGUUCAAGGUUUAGCUGCUGCAAGGAGGUCACAUCCUCUCCUUGGUCUUGGUGUAAACUUCUUACUGCUAGCAGGAGGAGUUUUAUUAUGGAUUCAAAGUAUUAUCAAGCUUUGAAUUAUGCCUCAACCUGCUGACUGUAAUUAAAACUGGGAUGCAGCUUCUUUCCAGAAUGCAUUUUGACAGGCUGCCCCUGGGGAAAUGGGGCUCAUGGCCUUGCCCCUCUCCCAGGGGGGUUGUGAGGAUGCAGGUGUUUUGUACUGAUAGUUGCAAAGGCCAUGGCGGGGGCCAUCUUUGGUAAUGACAUAGAUCUUAUCUGGUUAUGUCAGCACAAAUAUAACUAUUUUAUAAGUUAGUGCUUCCAGUGGUUUUGGUUUGUUCCUGUAGCUUGUUCCAGCUCUGUGUGACUCCUCGAGUGAGUCCCCGGUCCCAGGCAGUUCCUGGCUCUUGGAACCCAGUGGAAGAUGAUUCCCCACGAGCCCCUUUCUCCUGGCUAGAGCUCAGGGCUGCUCUGGUAUAGCCAAGGGUGGUGCAGGACAGGUCUGCUGGCUGAAUGCUCUGACAGGAAGAAGCUCUUUGCUUCAUAAGAUUCCCUGAGCACAGCAGAAGCAGGAGCAUCCCCCUUGCUCAUCAGCCCUCCAUCUCCAGCAGCUUUGCCUCUCUGUGUCCUCUCCAGUGACCUCCCUCCCCAACCCCUCGUGCUUGCUGCCCCCAUGACUCUGGAGCUGUGUUUUCCCACAUAAUAAGGCAUCAUUAGCUCCUGCUUCAAAGGCUCUGCCUGCUGGCUUUAAGGGAGUGCUCUGCCCACUUCUGAGAGCAGCCCCCAGCAGCUGAGUUUAGCUCACCACCACACACAUCCUGCUCUCUUUCCCCAGAAUGAUUCAUAGAUAGAAUAGUUUAAUAUGAUUCUUUGUUAUAUGUAUCAGCAUAAGGCCCCAAAGACCCGGGUUUGGGUCAGGGCAUUGAUGUACCUUGAAGCACAAAAUGAACUUCAACUCUGAGCUCAAUAAACUUGCUGUUGCUGGUAAAACAGAUUGCAGAUAAAGCCUUACCUUGUGAGACCUGGGGUGGCCCAUACAACUUACCUGGGUUCACCCAUACAAUUCCAGCCAGGUUGAUUUCUUUUUUAUUUUUUCUUUUUCUUUCUUUUGUUUUCCCUUACCCCAAACUAAUUUGAGGAACCUCUGAUGAAAGCUGCAAUGACACAUCUUUGUUACCCUGACCACAAGUUUGACUACUUCAGCUCUUUUGUGAUGCCAAGGUUUGCUGUGAUAACUGUGCAAGGAGUAGGUACUUUGUAAAAUCCCAAACACCCUUGAUAUUCAGUGGGAUACUGAAGUUCAAGGUUUAGCUGCUGCAAGGAGGUCACAUCCUCUCCUUGGUCUUGGUGUAAACUUCUUACUGCUAGCAGGAGGAGUUUUAUUAUGGAUUCAAAGUAUUAUCAAGCUUUGAAUUAUGCCUCAACCUGCUGACUGUAAUUAAAACUGGGAUGCAGCUUCUUUCCAGAAUGCAUUUGACACCUGCAGUUUAUAAGUAACUGAAAACGCUGCCCAGACAUCCAUUGUAGCUUCUAUUAUUAUGUCUCCAGCUCUGCAAAAGCUCUUUUUUCUCAUUUUCAUUGCACAUCUUACACAGAUCACAGUAUAAAAUUAAGCUUUUCUCUAAUGGAGGGCUUGUGCUCCCUGCAAAGGACUCGGAGCAUGAAUGCCAAUGAUUUAAAUGCAGCCUUGUAAUACCAAUCAGAGUAUUAUUUUAUUAUGUCGAUGGCUUUGCAACUGCCAGUGAAAGAUGGAUCUUCAGACUCUGUCCAGAUGUACUUUACAUGUAAUUGAGGGAGACUGAUACAAAACUAUUCUUUUGUCCCUUUACAGCCUACUAAUCAAACAGGAAAAAAAAAAAAAAAAAGGAAGUGAUUCAUUGGAAUACUUCAGCAAGUUCCAAUUUAAUUGUGUAAAAUAGAGUUUUGAGGGGGGAAAAAAAAAAGCAAAAAGCAUCCUUUGAAUUUCCACCCAAUUCUGGCAUUAAUAGAAACAUCUGCUCCAUGUGAAAUGUGUCACGGCCAUGAUCUACGCUCCCCGUUCUCACUCGCAGGUAAAAAUAAACCAUCUGCUCUUGCAAUCAAGUCUGUGGGUACGGGUCCAAGCAAGCCAGGGUUUAUAUACUGGGGGGAAUUUAACUGAGGCCCGUGGAGAAGCAGUUACAACCGUUUGGGGGUGGAAGCAUCUGGCAGGGAGGUUGUAUAUAACGUCACCAGGGGCUGAAUUACCAUUCGUGCCACAUUACAAACAUCCCCGUUCCCUGCAGAGCCUCAGCUUCAUCCUGUCCCUUUCAGAGGCAGGACACAAUCCAAGCUCAAUUCCGGGGCAAAAACCUUGGAAG